AUGCGUUCUAAGUUCAAGGAUGAGCACCCUUUCGAGAAACGAAAGGCCGAGGCAGAGAGGAUCCGACAGAAAUAUCCGGAUCGCAUCCCUGUCAUCUGCGAGAAAGCUGACCGUACGGACAUCCCCACAAUCGACAAGAAGAAGUAUUUGGUGCCUUCGGACUUGACUGUUGGGCAAUUUGUCUACGUUAUCCGCAAGCGCAUCAAACUGGCCCCUGAGAAGGCUAUCUUCAUCUUUGUGGACGAAGUUCUACCGCCCACGGCCGCACUGAUGAGUGCUAUUUAUGAGGAGCACAAGGACGAGGAUGGGUUUUUGUAUGUUUCUUACUCUGGAGAGAACACAUUCGGAUCCGAGCAAUAG